UAUGUCAUUUUGUCAUUUGACAAUUUGACAUGUUAUGUUUUUUACAAAUUCACUCAACUUUUUCCCUAAAAAUUAAAAAUGUCUGUGUUAUUGCAGACAGGAAAAGUGUAUUUGUUAAGGAAGGCAUUCAACAAUAGCUUCAGUAAAUAUAUAUUUCAUAGAAAAAAGUCGGAUGUAUCACGGAAAUUUAUUAGUUUUGAUGAGAUUGUGGCUCAAAGAAGAGCGGAGGCGCGCCGAAGCCUCGUAGUUCAAGUGAAUUCAGAGUCCUCGUUUAACGAAUUGUAUGGAUAUUGUUCUAAAUAUGCGUCUAUUGAUGACAUUCAUCAUUAUAAGAAUUCUGGAGGAGAGCAUUUUAUGCUCAUAGAAUUUAGUACAGAAGAAAACCUAAAAGACAUAUUACAGUCAUGUAGUUCACACCAAAAAGACCUUGAUGUUAUGGGAGUACAGUCACCUUUCCUCUGGUUCCGAGCUACCACAGGCGUCAAAGAGAAAUAUCCACAGAGUGUAAAAGAACUGGCAGUCAAAGAUGGUAGUUUGAGAGUCAAUGAAGAAGUGUUAUUUGAGGAGCUGUUGAAUUGUGAGACAGUCUCAGACCAAAUACAGAUGCUGUAUGAUAGAACUGUGUUGAAUGAUAUAGGAGUGAGGCUGAGAUACAUGGUUGCUAGACAGUUGGAAAUUAUAUUUAGCAGUCUAUAUGCAAACAUUAAAGUACAACCUUUUGGUUCAUCUGUCAAUGGAUUUGGAAAGAUGGGAUGUGAUCUUGAUCUAGUUCUUACUAACACUUUGAAUGAUAAUAUGACAUCACCAAACCAUCGGCUAGUAUAUCAAGAGAAGAAAUCCGAAGGCGGGCGAAGUCCCUGGCAGAGACACAUGGAGCUAGUUGGUGCUUUGUUAGAGAUGCGAGUGCCCGGCGCCUCUCGAGUGCAGAAGAUACUCAAUGCCAGAGUUCCUAUUGUGAAGUACUCACACGAUUUGGUUGAUGUUGAUUGCGAUCUGUGCUGUAACAAUACGUCGGGGGUGUACAUGUCGGAGCUUCUCUGGCAGCUGGGCUCGUUGGACCCGCGAGUGCGUCCGUUGACGUGCGUCGUGCGGUGCUGGGCGCGCGCCGUCGGGCUGACCAACGCGCACCCGGGGCGUUGGCUCACCAACUUCCCGCUAACGCUGCUGGUGCUGUUCUUCCUGCAGCAGAAGGACCAUGGGCCCGUGCUGCCGACUUUGAAACACCUGGUUGAUUUAGCUGGCAAAGACGACAUAAGAAUAGCUGAAGAGAACCUCAACUGCACGUUUCUGCGAGACCUCGACAGACUACCUUCAGAGUCCUACGCACAAAACGACGACGACUUACAAACAUUACUCUUCAAAUUCUUUGAGUUUUACUCACAGUUUGAUUUCCAAGACAAAGCCAUAUCCCUUAACGAAGGAAAACCUAUUCGGAAACCUAAUUCCCAUCCCUUGUACGUAGUUAACCCUCUAGAACAAGCCCUGAAUGUCAGCAGGAAUGUUAGUUACGAGGAAUGUGAAAGGUUACGUUUAGAAGUAAGAAAUGCCGCUUGGCAUCUAGAAUCUUGCAUGGAUGGACACAAAUCAGACGACUGGGGUAUCUUAGGUCUUGUAGAACAAAAAUCUUCCAGAGGAUUAAAAAAGUUACUAAGAGUAGGCAAUUCACAUAGAUUAGUAUCCGUCAAAGACUUGUUUAACGAAAGUGACGAUGUUGAACCCUCGGAGCAGGGAAUAAGGUCGAAAAUGGAGAAAUACAAAAAGACUGAUAAGUUAACGGGGGCGAGUGUGAGCGAGAUGAAAUUUAAGGAGAAAAAGAGCGAGAUGAGGUUCAAAAACAGUCAGACUGCCAAAGAGGUGUAUAGGAUACGAAGGAAUAAACUUAUAUGAGGAUUGACAGAUUUGUGUGUAAAUAUUGUAUAGUGCUAAAUUGAGUGUUUAUAAAAAGCGAAUGGUAGAAUACGAUAUGGAUGAAUAAUGAAUAUAUUAUUGUGAAACUAAA